GAGCGCACCGCCUGGCCCCCCGCGGGGACAGCAUGACCCGGCGCGAUCGGCUCAUGAAGGGGAGACCCCAGAGGCAGCCUGAGGCCGGGGGAGGCUCCCGGGCGGGUUACAUUCUCACUCGACCAACCCUUGUCCUCAUGCUGGAAAGAGGAGAACAGCCCUGCAUGAGCAACAGCAAGAACGGAGUGGCCAGCAACCCUCUGAGCGGCAACGUUGCGGACCCGCAAGCCUUGAAGGAGAACGCCAAGUCGCCUUCGCCCACCGCCCUGUCUUCCCCACCCGCCACGGAGUCCCCCAAGCCCGCCCGCCCCCGCCGUCCCCGGCCGCCGGCCGUGCUGCCCUCGGACCGCCCCUAUCAGUGCAAAGACUGUGGCAAGCGCUUCGUGUACCGCUCCAAGCUGGCCACGCACCAAUGGACCCACUGUGCCGAGCGCCCUUACAAAUGCCCCGACUGCCCCAAGAGCUUCAGCUACCCGUCCAAGCUGGCGGCCCACCGCCGCACGCACACCGGCGAGCGCCCGUACCCCUGCACCCUCUGCCCCAAGCGCUUCGGACACCGCUCCAAGCUGGCCGCCCACCAGUGGAUCCACACGCCGGAGCGCCCCUACAAGUGCGCCGACUGCCCCAAGAGUUUCUGCUACCCGUCCAAGUUGGCGGCCCACCGCCGCACGCACACCGGGCAGCGCCCGUACCCCUGCAAUCGCUGCGGAAAGAGCUUCUGCUACCCAUCCAAGCUGGCGGCCCAUCAGCAGAUCCAUGCGGCGGCCGCAGCAGGGCGCCCCUACCCGUGCAUGCACUGCAGCAAGAGCUUCCGGCAGCUCCGCAACCUCACACUCCACCAGCGGGUGCACGAAGAUGGGGAAGUGGGGGAUGACUUAUCUCAAAACAAGGGCCACAGCAAUGGAGAGAGGCCCUAGGGCACAUCAUUCAAGUCUGGACAAUGAGGGGUUGGGGGGGGGGGGGAGAAGCGCAAAUGGGUUAAUUUGGACACAUGGUGGAUGCGGUGGGAUCAUUGUAAAUAACUGAAGAGGGCGAGAUUUUGGGGUUAACCAUUGUGUUAAUGGUCUUGCUGCUGUUCCCCCUUCCCCACCCCACAGUGCCAAGUUGACCCCCUUCCUCCAGGCAAAAGUGUAUACCAUGCUGAAAAACAAUUUAAGAGAACCCCAGUCCUGCGUUGAGAAAUGGCAUAUUCUGCAACCUGAACAAAUGAUGCAAGCUGCAGCUUCUUCUUGUUGAUUAUGUUAACCUUCUGUCUUGCACCCAGAGUUGUGCCAGGCACCAUGGUCUAUGUCCCCUCCGUUCCAUACUGUGCUGAUUCAGCAGAAAACGAAAACAAUCCUCAAACAGCCGUUUCGCCAGAAGCUUGCAGAAAUUCACGGCAAAUGACCGCACGUGAACAAACGUUGCGCAGCGUCAUUGAGAGCAGAAGUUUGCCCUCGCUUUGCUUCUUGCUCAGUUGGCACACGUUUGCAUUGGAAUGUAGAGUUUCUAGCCCUUAUGAAGGCAAUGGCAAGCCUGAAAAUGUCUUUGUGAUGUCCGAGUGAACUUGGCCAGAGGGGUCACUCCCCACAAGUGUCAGCAGGAGAACUUUUGCAGACUUACGUGUCGUAUUCAGGCUGCCGUGAUCUUGCCCUCUUUGGCAUAGAACCUGAGCCAGCUCCUGUUGCAGGCCGAUUAGUCCCACAUAAAAACUGGUGGCUCAAUUCGGGCUCUGUGUGAGUCUCACUCUGAAAGGGCAUCUACAAUGUGCGUGGAAAGCUGUUUAGGGACAUGGCUUUCUCUUGCUGGACAGGGGCUAUCAGAUUUUUGUUUUUUACCACUUGGUAUACACAACUUGAUAGCCUGGGCCCAUGCUCCGACUGUGGCUGUUUCACCACAUGUGUUUCUCUCUCUCUCCUUCCUCCCUCCCGUUCCCCCUUCCAGGGUAAUUAUGUCCCUCUUAGUUGAAAUUCUGGAUUUUUAUGUCUGCACCUUGUGCUGUUCUCCCAUUUUCUAGUCUUCCUCCCUGGACUAAUUAUACACAUCCUCCUUUUUUGAAA